AUGGAAAUUCGGUCAGGACAUAUAAUAAAAGGAAACGCCAUAGGACAUCAUAGGAUUAUUACUAACGAUGACAAACCUGUUUUAUCUCAACUGUAUAAACUAGGAGGAGCAAAAGAAGAAAUUUUAUCGAAGAUUGUAAAAGAGUAUCUGAAACUGGGCAUAAUUCACCCCAGUGAAAGCGCAUGGAGGAGUCUGAUAAUUGUAGUUCCAAAGAAGAAUGGGGAACAUAGACUUUGCAUAGACUAUAGAAGGUUAAAUGAUGCUACCAUUAAAGAUGCCUAUCCGAUGCCUCGUGUAGAAAAAUUUAUUAAUGCGUUAGAGGGAGCAACACACUUCACGAAAUUAGGUACGGAAUCGGGCUACCAUUUAAUAAAUAUGACACCCAUAGAUAUUGAGAAGACAGUCUUUGCCUGUAGAGAAAGAUUAUUUGAGUUUGUGAAGAUGCUUUUGGACUGGUUAAUGGGCCAGCUACAUUUCAUAGGGCGAUGA